AUGUCUGAAAAUAUUGUCGUUGAAUCACUUCGAGGGCUUUGUUUAACAUAUCCAUCCUUAAGGUUAAUUGAGAAAGAAAAAAGUAAGCUUAAUAAGAAUGCUUAUAUUGGAAUGAUCAAUUCUUUAAAGAAUAAAGUCGUUUAUAAUGGAAUUAAUAAUAAUUCUUUAACAGUCGUCUAUAGAGCUGACAUUGAUGAAAUUAGAGAAAAACAAGUUACCAUUAUUUCUGGAGGUGGAGCUGGUCACGAACCUGCACAUGCUGCAUAUGUUGGACCUCAAAUGCUUUCAGCCGCUGUCUCUGGAAAUAUCUUUGCUUCUCCCUCCGUAACCGCAAUUUUAGCCGCGAUUCGUAGGGUUCAAUCACCACAUGGUACAUUAUUGAUUAUAAAAAAUUACACUGGCGACUGUUUAAACUUUGGUUUGGCAGCUGAACGAGCAAAAAACGAAGGUAUAAAGGUUGAUACGAUCAUUGUGGAAGAUGACGUUAGUAUUGGUAGAAACAGUGUUGGUCGACGAGGUUUAGCAGGAACAAUUUUGGUGCAUAAGGUUGCGGGAGCUGUGGCUGCAUCAGGUGGAACUCUUGAAGAAACAAAAUCAGCGGCUAGUUUAGUUGCUGAAAAUAUUGGUACAAUUGGUGUCGCUUUUGACCAUUGUAAAAUUCCUGGUUCAUCACAGGGUCCUACAUUACCCAAAGACAUAAUUGAGUUAGGAAUGGGUAUUCACGGUGAGCCAGGUUUUCAAAAAAUUCCACUUCCACCUUCUCGUGAUCUUGUUCACAAAAUGUUAGAUAUAAUAAUAAAUACAGAAGAUCCUGAAAGAUCUUACUUAGAUAUUCAUCCUGGAGAAAAUUCAAUUGUUUUACUUGUUAAUAAUCUCGGUGGUCUUUCUACAAAACAAAAGCAAUUCCAUAUUGCAAGGAUAUAUACGGGAACAUUUAUGACAUCAUUCAACAUGCCAGGUUUCUCAUUGACUAUUCUCAAGUUAUCAAAAGAUCAAGAUAUAAUACAAAUGUUGGAUCAGCAUGUGGAAGCUCCAGGUUGGAUUAACCGAGUGUAUCUCGAUUGUUCUAGCUUGGACACUAAAUUAGACGAAAAUAUAUCCAUUUCAAGUAUAAACAAAUCUGAUAAUAAAUAUCCCCAGUCUAUUCUAUGUGAUCCUCAACUUUUUGAAUCAACUCUGAAGUCUGUAUGUAAUGCGAUUAUUCAGGCUGAGCCUGAUAUUACUCAAUAUGAUAAAGCUGUUGGAGAUGGCGACUGCGGAACUACAAAUGCAUUAACAACGCUUGAAAAUUAUACUCCUGCUAGAAUUGGUGACCGUACAAUGAUGGAUGUAUUAAUUCCAUCUAUCAACACUUUUUCAAACAGUUUGAAUUCUGAAGAUAACGUCUUAAAAGCUUUAAAAUCAGCAGUAGAUUUAGCUAAAAACAGUGCGGAAUCUACCAAAUUUUUAAAGCCAAACUUUGGCAGAUCAACUUAUAUUUCCUAUGAUGAUAUCAAAAAUGCUGGUGUUCCUGAUCCUGGUGCUUGGGUUGUAUAUCAAAUUUUUAAAAGUGUUUACGAUAAUCUACAACUUAAAUUAUAA